AUGUUCAGGAGAAGGGUUAUCUUCCUUUUUCUGUCUUUGCUGUUUGAAUAUUCAUUGCCACAACAUGAAAAGGAGAGUGACCACCCCAACCGGGAAGUUUUUGAUAAGAAGACGUCAGAAAUCCCACAAAUCCUGAAACCACUUGCCACAGAGUUCUUCUUUUUGGAUAGUAAUAUCACCACAAUCCCCAAAGGAGCCUUUGCUGAAAACCCCCAACUGGAGAGGGUGGAGUUCUCGAACACUCCCACAGAAUCUAUUGAGGCUGGAGCUUUUGAGGGUUUGGUGGACUUGAGGCACAUUGAGAUCUCAGGCACUCUGCUAACGUCAAUCCCAGUGGGGGUCUUUAAAAACCUUACCAACCUGGAGAAGCUUAUAGUAAAGCUAAACAAACUCCAUAAUCUGGAGAAAGGCUUGUUUGAUGGCCUUGAAAAAGUGAGGGAGCUCCAGUUACACAUCAAUGAGAUAGAGUCUAUUGAAGAAGGGACUUUUGAUGAUCUUCAAAGCCUUACCAUGCUCCAUUUAGGAGGUCUGUCAGUAUCCGGAGGACUUAAAGGGGAAAAAAAUUCUUUCUCUGACAGAGGAUCAGCUUGUAUGUGCUACUACCACACCCUCACCUACCACUACAGUGCCGACCACCACCACCAGAACUACCACUACUACACUUCCCACAACCACCACAACCACGACACUUCCAACCACACAACCAACAACCACUGCUCUUGUCACCACCACAACAGUACCUUCUACAACACCGACUACAACUUUGCCAACCACAACACCAACAACCACUUUGCCAACCACAACACCAACAACCACUUUGCCAACCACAACACCAACUACUCUGCCAACCACGACACCAACCACAACUCUGCCAACCACGACACCUACUACAACUCUGUCAACCACGACACCUACUACAACUCUGCCAACCACAACACCUACUACAACUCUGCCAACCACGACACCUACUACAACUCUGCCAACAACAUCACCUACUACAACUCUGCCAACCACAACACCUACUACAACUCUGCCAACCACAACUCUGCCAACCACGACACCUACUACAACUCUGCCAACCACAACUCUGCCAACCACAACACCAACCACUAGUUUGCCAACUACAACACCAGCUACCACCCCAGCUACAACAACCAUUACUCCUGAACCACCCACAACAAUGUCAAC